AUGGCCUCUCAAAAUCACAAUCUCAAUCACCAUUUCUUCUUGCUUGUUUCUCAACUGGUCAUCAUCUCCCUCCUGUUUCAACACUACUCUUUUGCUGCAACCCAACUGGUGAGUCAGGUCUGUCAGGCCACUCAGGACCCCAACUUUUGCCUUCAAAUUCUUGGUGCAGAUAAACGUUCAGGCACUGCGGACCUCAAGGGACUGGGUAUAAUCUCAUUGGAGUCAACUUCCUCCUGGGCUAAAGCCACACAGGAUCAAAUUCGGAAACUACUCAGCCAGCAUCCUGGGCUGGAUUUCAAGAGUGUUCUUGAUCAUUGCACUGUAAAUUAUGAUGGCUCAGCUUAUGCUUUACAACAGGGAAUUCAAUUUUUGAAUGCAAAUGACUAUGCAAAUGCAAACGACAUGGCCAAUGUUGGUUGGCAAAAUGGAAACGAUUGCGAGCGUGUGAAUAGUCAAAGUGUGAAAAAUUUGUCUCUUAGAGGUUCUAAUCAAAAGAUGAUGAAGCUCAGUGAUAUGUCUAGAGUUAUCACUGGAAAACUUAUAAAUGGUUCAUGA